CCCCCGCAUAUGCUGUGCCCCUGUCAUCAGUUAUAUCAUCGCCUUCCCCCUCAACUGCUCUCCCCCUCUCCCACUACUUUCCUUCACUUUCCAUAACUUUCUCUCCCAGUUUCCUUCAUUUUCCUUUCUGUGGGAUGAAGUUCGGCAAGAGCCUGAGCAACCAGAUCGAGGAGACUCUGCCGGAGUGGAGGGACAAGUUCCUGUCCUACAAGGACCUCAAGAAGCGCCUCAAGCUCAUCCAGCCCAACCCCAGGGCCGCCAAGAGGCCCCGCCUGGAUUCCGCCGCGGACGCCAGCGGAGACACGGCCGCGAACGACAUGACCAAGGAGGAGGUCGAUUUCAUCGAGCUGCUGGAGGGCGAGAUCGAAAAAUUCAACGCCUUCUUCGUCGAGAAGGAGGAGGAGUAUAUCAUCAGAUUGAAGGACUUGCAAGAUAGAGUUGCAAAGGCCAAAGAUUUGACUGAAGAGACAAUGAAGAUACGGAGGGAGAUUGUAGACUUCCAUGGAGAGAUGGUUUUGUUGGAGAACUACAGUGCUCUUAACUAUACUGGAUUGGUGAAGAUACUCAAGAAGUAUGAUAAAAGAACUGGAGCUCUCAUCCGCUCACCUUUCAUUGGAAAGGUCUUGCAGCAGCCCUUUUUCACCACAGAUUUGCUAUACAAGCUUGUGAAAGAGUGCGAGAUGCUGCUCGAUCACCUCUUCCCCAUGAAUGAACCCGCAACUUUAACUGAAGCAGUUGAUGGGAAUGAACAUUCAACUUCUACCACCACCGAGAACCAUGGUCUCCUCAGAGUUCCCAAAGAACUUGCAGAGAUUGAGUACAUAGAGAGCUUAUACAUGAAAAGUACCAUCUCGGCGAUGCGGGUUUUGAAGGAAAUUCGGAGUAAAAGCUCAACUGUGAGUGCUUUCUCAUUGCCACCGCUGCAGAUUACCGGAUUAGAGGAAACAUGGAACAAUAUUCCAGUUCUGGAACAAUUAGCCAAAUAGUUAGAUUUUCUCAACGGAAACUAGAAUAUAUAUAUAUAUACACACAAAUGUUAUCACAUCUGUAGUUUUAUUUUUGUUUUUUAUGCAUAUAAUAGAUACUAACCCCGAUGUAAAACGAGCAAAUCUCUUACCAACUUCACUUCUAAGAAGGAAUUAGUUCUGUGUGAUUAUGAAUGAACCUUCAACCUUGCUAAUAUUUGAAGUGAUAAGAGUCUUUAUCUUGUUCUGAA